AAUCUCGACGCUCAGAUCGGCGAGUCGUCCGCCUGCGCUACGGCACACCUCUGCGGUGUAAAGGCGAACUUCGAGACUGUCGGCCUGGACAUCAGAGGGAAGUUCGGGAACUGCACGUCUAGCUUCGUGUCGAGGGUGGAGUCCCUCAUUGACUGGGCUCAAACAGGAAGGUGA